AUGUCGACGUUACCGAUAGUAGAACUGUUUCUAAAAACGAAAAGCAUUGCGGAGUUAACAAUUACAGAAAAAUCCUUAAAUGACUUGGAAACGAAAAUUAAGGAAUUGGAGCAAAGUAACGAAGGGUUACGUUCACAAUUCAAAUAUUUAGAAGAAAAAGUUAGAGAGCGAGAUGAAGAAACCAUAGCCAAUAUUAAUAAUUUAGAAAAAAAAAUUAGAGAACAAGAAGUAGUGUCCGAAAAAAAGCAAGAAAUUAUUAAUGAAUUAGAAAAGAGAAUCA